GCUGGGCAGGAUAGUGACUGCUCCAGGACAAGCUCAGACUCUGGUUUCCGGUUUCCAAAAAGUGCAGGGCAGCGAUGGGAGCGAAACUGUGGGCUUCCAAACGUAGUAUACAGAAUUGGCUGGAACCUUUAACUUACUCAUUGACAUAGUGGCGCUGCAAAAGUGUUUCUUAGGGACACAUGUGCAUUCUCCUCUGCUGUCAUUUACGGUGAGAUCACUCCCUCGCAGGCUCUUUAGAAAACCUAAAUCCUUUUAGUUCUGUACUGGGUCAGUGGGGAGGCUUCAGAGUAGGACCAUGUGCCUCAUUUAAUUCCAAGCAUGCUUGUGUGCUUGCUUGCUUUUAGAUCCAAGGACCGAGGCAGGUCUCUCCGUUUCUAGUCCUUUGUUAAUUUAACAUCUUGGCAGCAUCUGCUAGGUGUCUGGCACUGCUGGGUCCUGGCCAUUCAGCUGGGAGUAAGACCCCGGCCCUCCCCUUCCAGGUGACAGCUGAGGCACCAGCCCUCACCCUGUUACUCCUGGGUUUUAGGUGGUGACAUGCUGAGAAGUGCAGGAUCGGUGAGGGCUGGUGGUAGGGGUGCCUGGCAGAGGCGGGGGCAGGUUGGAGGGCCUAUCUGAGGAGGUGAUGUCUAGCUGAGCCCUAACAGUGAAGCUGGGAGGAAGAGCAGUCCAGGCAGUGGGAACACCAGGAGCCUGUGCAGAGGCCUGUGGUAGCAGAGAGCAGUCUGCAGCUCAGGAGCUGAACCAAGGCCAGCAUGGCUAGAGCAUCCUCAUCCCCUCCUGCCUGGGAGCAUGUCAGAGCUUCAGCUGAGUGAGGCCCCGGCCCCUGAACAUAGGGGUCUGGGGGUGGGGGAAAGCUCCAAAACAGGGCUGGACAGAUGCAACUUCAGGUUUCCCAUGGCUGCACUGAAGAGACAACAGCAACGGGUGGAAGUGACUGGAGGCAAAGAAAUGUUGGCGAGUAUUUCGACCCAAGUGGGAAGAAGUUCCGCAGCAAGCCACAGCUGGCACGGUACCUGGGCGGCUCCAUGGACCUGGGGGCCUUCGACUUCCGGACGGGCAAGAUGCUGAUGAGCAAGAUGAACAAGAGCCGGCAACGGGUGCGCUAUGACUCCUCCAACCAGGUCAAGGGCAAACCUGAUCUGAACACAGCCCUCCCUGUCAGGCAGACAGCAUCCAUCUUCAAGCAGCCAGUGACCAAGAUCACCAACCAUCCCAGCAACAAGGUGAAGAGUGACCCCCAGAAGGCUGUGGAGCAGCCCCGGCAGCUCUUCUGGGAGAAGAAGCUGAGUGGCCUGAACGCCUUUGAUAUUGCUGAAGAGCUUGUGAAGACCAUGGACCUCCCUAAAGGUCUGCAAGGAGUGGGACCCGGCUGCACAGAUGAGACCCUGCUCUCGGCCAUAGCCAGCGCCUUGCACACCAGCACCAUGCCCAUCACUGGCCAGCUCUCAGCUGCCGUGGAGAAGAACCCUGGAGUAUGGCUCAACACAGCCCAGCCCCUCUGCAAGGCUUUCAUGGUGACUGAUGAGGACAUCAGGAAGCAGGAGGAACUGGUACAGCAGGUUCGCAAACGGCUGGAAGAGGCGCUGAUGGCUGACAUGCUGGCCCAUGUGGAGGAGCUGGCCCGGGAUGGUGAGGCGCCGUUGGACAAGCCAGGUGCGGAAGAGGAGGUAGAAGAUGAAGAGGAUGAGGAGGAGGAGCCUGACCAAGACCAGGAAAUGGAGCACAUGUAGAGCAGGUGUAGGUGGACCCCAGGCUACAGCAUGUGCUUGGGUAGUGACCACAGGGGGAAGAGACAAUCCAAGAGUUCUUGGACCUGUUCCACGCUGGGUAUUGGCUGUGCUCGGAGAGCACCUGUCUCCCUGGAGGAGCCCAGGGUGGCCUGGCCCUCCCUGUCCUUCCAGAGGCCCUGCCCGAGCCAUGCCUGUGUGGGGCACUUACAGACUCAGCCCUUGCCCUAAUGGGACCAGGCUUGGGGGGAAGGUGGCCCUCCUCCCUUCCCAGGCAUGUCCACUCCCCCGGCCACUAGGACACCUAGGGUCAUGGCUGGAGGAUGGUCCCUGGCCCUGCAAACCCCCACGUUUGCUCUUCUUUGAAGGGCCAGACUUCUGAAAGUGCUGGUUGCUCCUGGACCCUGCCUGCAGGGGUAUGGCUCCUGGAUGCAACUGGGCUUCUGGACUCACUGUCGCCAUCCUGAGCUCAGAAAAGGGUUUUUGAAACAGGCUUACCUCCCGAUCUUGAGUGUGAGGGACAAUCCUCUGGGCCAGACUGUCAGCCCUCCCAGAAAGGGUUGCAGGGUGGUUCCCCGAGUGACCAUCCAGCUGAGCAAAGCCGUGACACUUGAGUAUGUCUGAAAGAAAGCGGCACAGCCCAGACGUUUUCCUUCAAUAAAUCGGUGGUACAAACGAG